GACGGUGAGCCGGAGGAGUCAGUCGUAGGGGCGAGCGGGAGCGAUCCUGUCGGCAAACAGGUCAUGAGUGCCCAGUGAGCCCCCUGGACACCAGGACAGCGCCAGGUCUAGUGCGAUGGAUGCCGAGAAGAAACCAGAGAGUGACGAGGACGAAGAUGUACACAAAGAAGCGGAAGACUCGAGAACCGUGUUGUCCUGUGAUGUGGAGUGUGGGCCUGUGUCUGAUGUGGUAGCAGGUCCCUCUGAGAAUUCCACAAGCAAAAGAGCUUUUCCAGAGUCAUCAACCAGUGUCAUACAGGAACACGGGACUAAACAUGCUUCCAAACGCAUGAGAUUGGGUGAGGCAGAGCCCCUCAGUUCUGAAGAGCAAGGCGUCCAUGAGUUCUCCGAAGUGGGGGUCCCGCCAGGUGAAACGGUGAAGGCGUCCUACCCGAAUGCCUGCGCAGAUGGAGACACGUGUCUUCCCAGCACCUUCUCCCCGCUCUGCAGGCUGAGCUCUGCGGCCACUGCUUCCCUGCAGACAGACACUGAGAAGAGGGCUGCUCAGGCAGUGGUCUCCCUGGGCUCGGAAGCAGAACCCCCCACGUCCCCGGAAGGUGCGGCUAGCACUGGUAUCACAGGGAGUGUCGGACCGGCUUUCACGUGCGGCACAUGCAAUCGCGUGUUUUCCUUGUCCUCGGAUCUGGAGAAGCACGCUGCAUGUCACGUGCCACCGUCCAGGGAACCUGCCCACUGCCCCCGUGGCCACGGAGUGGAGAGCAGCGCAGCAAUGCAGGUGCACGCCACACAGACUCCCGGGUCACGGACAGUCUUUUCCUGCGAUCUUUGUGGCUUUCAGUGUGUGGAAGAGAAACUUUUGAAUGCACAUUGUCUUGGAAAAACACAUCUCCGGCGUCAGAAUCUUGCUGCUCGGGGAGGCUUUGUGCAGAUCCUAACAAAACAACCUUUUCUUAAGAAACCAUGUACCGUCGGAACGAAAAAUGUUCGUGUGAAACCAAGAGCUUCUAAGCAAAUAGCAAAGAGCAGUGAUUCAAAAGGAGACAGGAAUGGUGGGAGCAGACUGAAAGAUUGCAGAGGCAGCCUUGCCAGGGGCGGCGGCAGCAGCGGGCUUCUGGCGGAGGCGAGGCCAUGCAGGAAUACUUCGCUAGAAAAGGGGGAGAUUGUCGGAGAAAAUGCCUCUUCCCUCGGCACAGCUCGAAAUCCUGAAAACCAGAGCAGACAGUUCGGAGCGUUAGCAGCCUCACAGGGUCUCUUAGAUAAACUGGAAUCUCCCAGAAAGACCCUGCAGGCAGCCCAUGGUGUCAGUGCCACCCCGAGACCAAGACCUGAGCGAAGUGUUCUCACUUUGGCUAAUAGCUUCCGACGACGAAGCGGCGCUUUCCCCUUAAAAGGCCAGGCCAAGAAAAGGUUUAAUCUUUUAGGAAUGAAUAAAAGAGGCACUAGUGAAACUCCCAGAAUAUGUACGAAACACUUGAGGACACAGAUGAAAACAGGUGAUGCAGAGUCCAUGCCCAAACAUGUAGAAAUGGGUGGUGGCGCCCACAGUCUGGGCUCAACUUCCUCAGAGACCCAGGACCCAAAGCAGGAUGAGAGAAAUGCUCACCCUGUGAGCACCUUUGACCCUCUGACAGUGAAGGCAGCCUCUGACUGCCAGACGUCAUGCACUGGUACAGACUGUGGCCAGGUGGCUACAAGCAGGACAGAGUUGGAAGGCCACAUGCAGAGGUGCCAUGCAAGAGAGGUGAGACUGUCCUGCCAGAUGUGUGACUUUUCCAGUGUGUCGAGGAGGGACCUACACGAACAUUUGCACAAUCACCAGCUUCAGCAAACUGGUUCUGCCCUCAGUUGUCAUUGCUGCUCGUUUAUUUCCUUGAAUGAAACAGAUCUUAGAGACCACAUGAAGGAAAAGCACAGUAUGGGUUUUCUUUGUUCUCUCUGUAAUCUGUUCUUCUUGUCUGAGGAGGACAUGGAGGAACACAACACAUCGGAGAAGCAUAUUCGCUUAUGUGUUCAACCCAAGACUUCUCAAUCCUUUAACAGUGAUUUGGUUUUACAGACUUUACCUUUAAGUACUUUAGAAUCAGAAAACGCAGCAGAGUCUACUGGUGAGUCAGGAAGAGCAGCUCAGGAAGACCCAGCUCAGCCCCGGGUAAGCCACGGGAGUGAAGGAAGGCACGCGAGUAAGCCUCAGUUUCAGUGCAAGAAGUGCUUUUAUAAGACUCGGUCUUCCACUGUUCUCACUCGGCACAUAAAGCUCCGGCAUGGCCAGGACUACCACUUUCUGUGUAAAGCAUGCAAUCUGUACUCACUGAGCAAAGAAGGGAUGGAGAAACACAUUAAGAGAAGCAAACAUCUGGAAAAUGCUAAGAAAAAUAAUCUUGGCUUAAGCUUCGAAGAAUGUAUCGAAAGGGUCUGUAUAGGUGCAAAUGACAGCAAAGAAGAGGUCACCGUUUCUGGAGAUGAAAGGGCAGAAGGCCAUGCCGAAGGCGUGCAGCUGCAGGGACACUCCUCUCUGCAGGAGAGCGAACUGUUUGCCCAGGAACAGCCACGGCCAGCUGUAGUCACCAAAGAGGAUGCGUUAGCUUUGACCGCUACUCCAAAGAGAGGGAGACCUAAAGGUAACAUCUCACGGACAUGUUCACACUGUGGCCUUUUGGCCUCCAGUAUUACAAACCUGACCGUUCACAUUAGACGAAAACACAGUCACCAAUACAGUUACUUAUGCAAAGUGUGCAAGUAUUAUACCGUAACUAAGGGAGACAUGGAACGUCAUUGUGCCACCAAGAAACACAAAGGACGUGUAGAAAUAGAAGCAAAUGGAAAGCAUAGUUCAGAUAUCAUUAUUGGCCCUGAAGGGGGUAAUCUUGAAGCCUGUAGUAGGAACACCACCAGUUCAGAUGAACAUGCUAAUAAGGCAGCUGAACCAGAUCCCUGCAUUUCAGAAAAACCAGGACAAGAGCAUGGAGAUCCUAUUGAAGUCGAAGUCGAAAAUGUAUAUCAUUCUACAGAUGGGGAAUCUAGCGGUCACCUUGUUGAUGAGAAGGAGCAGGUGUCUCUAGAAGCAGAGGACCUGAUGCAGCAGGGGGAAGCAUGCUCGCAGGCAGGGGCCCCGGGCACCAGUGAUAAUAAAUGUGCACACUGUGACUUCAGCGCUCACUCUUCUGCUUCCCUAGAACUGCACGUAAAACGGAAACACACAAAAGAAUUUUCGUUUUAUUGCAUGGCAUGCGAUUACUAUGCCGUGACUCCUCGAGAGAUGACCAGGCAUGCAGCAACAGAAAAGCACAAGGUGAAAAGACAGUCUUAUCUGAACUCUCCUGGCGUGGGAACAAGUCCUUCUGACAUGUCCAAACACGUCAUCAUACCCAAGGAGCAGCAUCAACAACAUUCUGAAGAAUUUCAGAUAAUUUCAGACCACUCACCUGAAACUCUUAAAGCUAGAACUGCUGCUGGUUGUUAUGAGAAUACUAACUUAGACAUGUCUAAAGUACUCUGUGUUCCUGACUCUGUAGAAGUUGAGACUGAAGAAGAAUCUAAUCUCAGUGAAGAUCCUUCCUUUUGUGAAACUUUCCAACAGCCCCUUGCCAAGGAUAAAGUUAAGAGACCUGAGGAGAUGGGGACCCUUAACAUUUCCUCUGAUGGCUCCCCAAGCAAAUUUCAGAAUGAAAAUUCAGAAAGCUCAGCUUUGAAUUACGAGACAGCAAAGAAUAAUCACAGUCGGUUGAGUGACAUGAGCGAUCCAAGUGCACAUUGUGAGAGUGACGGAGGGAAUGGAGGAGACCACGCAGGUGAGAUCCUCAGCAAACACGGAUGUCCUGGAGCUCUGGAUGGAGCCCAUGCAGCUGAAGGCACCAUCCCUGUUGUGAUGAGAAUGACGGGAGGACAGCUAAACCUGGACAGCUGUGGUCAAGACCAAGUUGGACAUGUGCAGAGGUCAGCGGAUUUGAAAGCUGUGCAAGAAGAUCCUGGUCUGGAAAAUAAGGAAAUUCUGUUGAAUUCCCAACAUGCAACUGAAAUUAUUUUGGAAGAGGACGGUCCAGCUUCUGAUAGCACAGUGGAAAGUAAUGAUGUUUAUGAAACUAUAAUUAGCAUUGAUGGUAAAGGACAGGCCAUGUAUAGCUUUGGCCGGUUUGAUUCUUCCAUAAUAAGAAUAAAGAACCCAGAAGAUGGUGAAUUGACAGACCAGCCUGAAGAGGGUCUGAUAGCAACAGAAGUGAGAAUGAUUGAGUCACCAUUAAAAGACUGUGUUCAAGGUGUGAAAAAGAGGAAAUCGGAAGGCAGCUCCUAUGGCGAAUCCACACGAAUCCGCUGUGAUGAUUGUGGUUUCUUAGCAGAUGGGUUGAGUGGCCUGAACGUUCACAUAGCCAUGAAGCACCCUACAAAGGAGAAACACUUCCAUUGUUUGCUGUGCGGAAAGUCCUUUUACACAGAGAGCAACCUGCACCAGCACUUGGCGAGUGCUGGCCACAUGAGAAAUGAACAGGCCAGCGUGGAAGAGCUUCCGGAGGGCGGGGCCACCUUUAAAUGUGUCAAGUGUACAGAGCCCUUUGAUUCGGAGCAGAAUUUAUUUCUGCAUAUUAAAGGGCAGCAUGAGGAACUGCUCCGGGAGGUGAAUAAGUACAUAGUGGAAGACACUGAGCAAAUCAACCGUGAGCGAGAGGAGAAUCAGGGGAAUGUCUGCAAGUACUGUGGCAAGAUGUGUCGCAGCAGCAAUUCCAUGGCGUUCCUGGCCCACAUCCGCACUCAUACAGGAUCAAAACCAUUCAAGUGCAAGAUCUGCCACUUCGCAACAGCUCAGCUCGGUGAUGCCAGAAACCACGUCAAAAGGCACCUCGGGAUGAGGGAGUACAAGUGUCAUGUGUGUGGGGUUGCUUUUGUAAUGAAGAAGCACUUAAACACUCAUCUGCUCGGCAAACAUGGAGUUGGCACCCCAAAAGAAAGGAAAUUUACAUGCCACUUGUGUGAUCGAAGCUUCACCGAGAAGUGGGCCCUGAACAACCACACGAAGCUGCACACGGGAGAAAAGCCGUUCAAGUGCACGUGGCCCACCUGCCACUACUCCUUCCUCACGGCCUCGGCCAUGAAGGACCACUACCGGACUCACACAGGCGAGAAGUCAUUCCUGUGCGACCUCUGUGGCUUCGCGGGUGGGACCCGGCACGCCCUCACCAAACACCGCCGCCAGCACACAGGAGAAAAGCCUUUCAAAUGUGACGAGUGUAACUUCGCCUCCACCACCCAGUCCCACCUGACUCGGCACAAGCGGGUGCACACGGGAGAGAAGCCCUACCGGUGCCCCUGGUGUGACUACAGGUCAAACUGUGCUGAAAACAUCCGCAAGCACAUCUUACACACCGGCAAGCACGAGGGCGUCAAGAUGUACAACUGCCCCAAGUGCGACUACGGCACCAACGUCCCCGUGGAGUUCCGGAACCACCUGAAGGAGCAGCACCCCGACAUCGAGAACCCCGACCUGGCCUACCUGCACGCAGGCAUUGUUUCCAAGUCCUACGAAUGCCGGCUGAAGGGCCAGGGGGCCACGUUUGUGGAGACGGACAGCCCGUUCACCGCGGCCGUGCUGGCGGAGGAGUCCCCGGUGAAAGACAGGCCCCUGCGGGGCGGCCGGAGGCCGGCGGCGGCUGCCGAGCAGGUCCAGCAGGUCAUCAUCAUCCAGGGCUACGACGGGGAAUUCGCCCUCGACGGCUCCGUGGAGGAGACGGCCGCAGCCACGCUGCAGACGCUGGCGCUGGCCGGCCAGGUGGCCCGGGUAGUGCACAUCACCGAGGACGGGCAGGUCCUCGCCGCCAGUCCCAGCGGGGCGCAUGUGGGCAGCGGGGCCCCCGGGCCGGUCCUGUCGGAGCAGCUGGCAGAGGAGGCCACCCAGGUGGUGGUGGUGGGGGGCUCGAUGGAAGGCCACGUAACGGAGCCCCUCAGCCCGGGAGGCGCCGUGAUACAACAGGUGACCAAGCAGGAGACCCUAGACCUCAGCGAGGCCGCCGUCCCCCCGCCGGACGCAGCCUCUGCCCUGGACGCCCUGCUGUGUGCCGUCAGCGAGUUGGGGGGGGCGGAGGGCAGAGCUGGGCCUGACAACAAGGGCAGGGCUGGCCCCAGAGAGGUGCUGGUCCAGCUGCCCGGGCAGGAGGCGCCCCCCACGGCCCCCCAGCCCGCGGCUGCCGAGGUCCACAUGUUCCGGGACGUGGAGGGGAGCCCAGCCGCCACGGAGCCCGUGGAGGUGCUCACCCAGGUGGUCCGGCCCUCGGCCAUCCUCACCCCGCAGGAGCGCGCCCAGGUGGCCUUCAAGAAAGUGGUCCAGGGGGUCCUCCAGCUCGCCGUCUGCGACUCGGCGGCGGCCGGCCAGCUCAUGAAGGAGGGCGUCACGCAGGUCAUCGUGAACGAGGAGGGCACCGUGCACAUGCUGGCCAGGGAGGGCUCGCAGAUCAUCAUGCAGGAGGCCGAGGCCCACGGGCAGCAGGUGGGCCUGGCGGAGCCGGACGGUGAGAUCUCCCAGAUCAUCGUCACUGAAGAGCUGGUCCAGGCCAUGGUCCAGGAGUCGGGCGGGGACUUUCCCGAGGGCGCCACCCAUUACAUUGUGACAGAGCUGCCGCCGGGGGUGCAGGAGGAGGCAGCCAUGUACUCCCACACCGUGAUAGAGGCAGCCGACCCCCAGGAGAGCCUGCCGGCCGAGGCCCUGGUCCCCAGUGGGACCGAGCAGUUGACAAGCAUGGUCAUCUACACCCAGGAGGGCUCCCCGGCAGCCACGGUCAUUCAGAGCCAAAGAGAGAGUCACGAACUCCAAGAAGCCUGAGGCACAGGGCAGGCGUGGGACCCCAGCACCCGUGGGCACCUGCUCCGUGAACAGCGGUGACGACGCGGCUCGGAGGAGCACUGA